UCAUACCAAUAUUAGUCAGAGCAGUUCCUUGUUUACCUUCAUCAAACGUGUUUUUCACAAGUUCGCUGCGAGUGUAAUAAUUUUUUUUUAACAGAACGUGUGCACCAUGAUUGCUUCAUCAUCCGACGAAGACGAUGUUGAUGAGGCUGGCGAUGUUGACGAACAUGCACAAGAACUUCUCAGUAUUUACCAAAGAAGCGAGCAGACAUACUCUACGACUACGGCUCCUUCGCCCAGCGUAAGUCCUUCUCUGCACACGCCGAGCCCUACACUCUCCGUUGUAUCAGAUGCCACAUUACAGGAGCAACAAGAAGACGAUGAAAGAAGAGAGAGACUGCAGUUGUAUAUUUUCGUUCUGCGCUGCAUCGCUUAUCCAUUCAACGCCCGACAGCCAACAGAUUUGGCACGAAGACAUGCACGGGUUAGCAAACAAGACCUUGUGAAAAUAAAACAACGAUUUGAAGAUUUCCUCAAAGGUGACACAAAAAUUGCUUCUGAUGAGGCGUUUUAUAACGCAGUAAGAGCCUACUUCGAUAUAUUUAUUUGCAGCGAGAGAGUGCAAAAGAUGGUAAUCAGUGGCGGGUGUUCGUCGAAUGAUUUUCGUGAGGUUUUCAAGGCCAUGAUCGAGAAACGCGUGCGAAGUCUUCCUGAAAUAGACGGUAUUAGCAAAGAAACUGUGCUAAGCUCUUGGAUGGCGAAAAACGAUGCCAUUUUUCGUGGAGAAGAUGAUCCAAAAAAGGGCCCAAGAAUUGCGGCCUCGGCAGCAUCUGAACUGAUUUUGUCAAAAGAGCAACUCUAUGAAAUGUUUCAAACCAUUUUGGGCGUCAAAAAAUACGAACACCAAAUAUUGUUCAAUGCCUGUCAGCUUGACAGUGCUGAUGAACAAGCUGCAUGUAUUCGUCGAGAACUGCAUGGAAGAUGUAAAGCAAUUAUAAACCAGAGGAAGCGUCUGCCAGGCUUUAUACACAAAGACAUGGAGACUCUGUUUGUUGAGGAACAGCAGGCUGCUAUCAGUCAACUGAUGGGAAACUUGGAGAGUCAACCAGUGACAAAAGGUUUAUCAGACUCCAAGAUUUCCAUGCCAUUUACCAGAAUCAAAGGACCCCAGCACACAAUCUCCAUGGUUGAAGUUGCUGUUGAUGAUGUGGAUUCAGUGCUAUCAAAGUCUGAUGUCAUGUUGAAUUUCACUAUUGAGGUGGUUGUGAUAGAGGCCAAAGGACUGAAGUCUCUUUCACCAGUGAAAAUUGUUUACUGUACUAUGGAGGUGGAAGGUGGAGAGAAAUUUCAAACUGAAUAUGUGGAAGCAAGCAAACCUUUCUGGGACUCUCAAGGUGAUUUCACCACUUGUCACCCUCGACCUGUCGUAAAAGUCAAACUUUAUGCUGAGAAUACAGGAGUUCUGGCACUUGAUGAUAAAGAGCUGGGAAAGGUUAUUAUAAAACCAAUCCCUGGUGGAUCAGAGCAGCCUGAACUGUAUGAUGUGGUGACACCCAAAGGAUGGGCUGGUGACAAAAUCAAAUUGAAAAUUGCUGUUAAGAUGGAUAAACCUGUGAACUUGAAAAAAUGCGGGAUGAUAUAUGUUCAAGGAAAGACUGUUUGGAAAAAGUGGAAAAAACGCUUUUUUGUACUAGUACAGGUGAGUCAUUAUACCUUUGCCAUGUGCAGUUACCGUGAGAAGUCAGCUGAACCAACAGAGAUGAUGCACUUAGAGGGGUACACUGUGGAUUACUGUGAAGCAGUCAGUGGUGAAGAGCACAAAGGUGGAAAGUUCUUCUUCAAAGCCGUAAAGGAAGGUGAUCAAGUCUUGUUUGCGACUGAUGAGGAACUUGAGAGACAGAUCUGGGUUAAUAAACUUUACACUGCUACUGGCCAAUCCCACAAGCCCAUCGCUCCGAAUUUAUCAGCCAUCAGUGUCCAGCCACAUGUUAGCAACACCUUGACAAGACUGCAAGGAGAUCAUGACCGUGCUAGAAAACAUGGCCUUGAGGACUUGAUCCAAGCUGAUCCUAGCUUUUUUAAUCACCAUGUUCUGUUUGAGAAGCUUCAGCUUCUCACUCUAACACACAGACUGAACGACUCCUACUCUUGUCUGGGUUGGUUUUCCCCUGGUCAGAUAUUUGUGCUGGAUGAGUAUUGCGCUCGAUAUGGAGUACGUGGCUGCCACAGACAACUGUGUUACCUCAGUGACAUGUUGGACAGAGCAGAGGCUGGUGUAAUGAUCGAUCCAACCUUACUACACUACAGCUUUGCAUUUUGCGCAUCACAUGUGCAUGGGAACAGGCCGGAUGGCUUAGGAACCAUUACAGUGGAUGAAAAAACCCGGUUUGAGGAUAUUAAGAUACGCCUCUGGAAUCUUCUUGCCUAUCAAAUCACUCGUUUCAGAUAUUCUUUUCCUUUUGGGAGACCAGAAGGGGCACUUAAGGCAACGCUGUCCUUAUUUGAAAGGGUUAUGAUGAAGGAUAUUUCCACACCAGUUCCACCAGAGGAAUUUAGAAAGGAAAUCAGAAGCUGCCUCCAUCAAGCCGCUCUUGUUAAUUAUACCCGGGUCUCGGCUUAUGCAAAGAUUGAAGAGUCAUCCGGAAAUCACGUGUCACCUGAGACUAAACUGAAUGACAUCAUGCAUCUGGCGGAACUGUGUAUUGAUUUACUCCAUCAGAAUGAAGAACAUCAUGCUGAGGCGUUGGCUUGGGUUUCCGACCUGAUGGUAGAACAUCAGGAAAUCUUCUGGUCUCUGUUCACUGUUGAUAUGGAUGCUGCUCUGGCUGCACAGCUUCCUGACACAUGGGAGAGUUUUCAGCUGUUUCAACUGUUAAAUGAAUAUCUCUGUAAUGAUACCAACCUCAAUCGUGGGAAAUUCCAUCGUCAUUUACGAGAUAUGUUCGCUCCUCUUGUUAUUCGAUAUAUUGAUCUGAUGGAGUCGUCCAUUGCGCAGUCACUGCACAAGGGAUUUCAAAAAGAGAACUGGACUCCCCUCAGAGAGGGGUGCCGUGCCUCGGAGGACCUGUUCUGGAAGUUGACUGUACUGCAACAGUUCAUUGCGGAACUAAACUGGCCCGAUGAGGUGUUAGCGUCUCAUCUUAUGAAGAGACUUAAGUUGAUGGCUUCAGAUAUGGUUCAGUCCUGUGUGAAAAGAACGAAGGCCGCGUUUGACAAAUGGCUGAAACAAACCAGUUUCAGUCUGGAACUACUCGUACCCAGGACCGUCUGUGUCAUGCUCAACGUCGUCAUACAGGCUAAGAAACAGUCCAGAUUCCUUUGUGCGAGGGAAGAGUCCGAGAGUUGCGAGUAUCGGUAUCACUCAGAUGUCAACAUCUUUCUAAAGGAUGUUAUCCAAGAGAUGUUUUCAUCGUUUAUUUCCAAGCUGAACACUGUGUUGGAAUCGUUGUUGUCAAAGGUGGCACGUUAUGACCAGGGAUCCAUACUUGCUCCGAUGUUCUCUCUGAGGAAUCCUGGUACAGAACUUGAAGAAUCCUACUUGAAUUUUGUCAAACUUAAUUUAGAAAGUUUCAGAGAUUACUUGAACGACGAGAAAAUGAAAAAGCAGUUAAUAAAGGACUGGUACACGUCCAUAAUAACGAAGAUAUUUGACUGGCUAUCGGACAGAAUGAACAUGGCGUUACACCAGUACCAGGUCCAGACUCUUCACGCACUUGCGGCGGAGCUCCCGCAGUUUGUCAACGAGGACUUAUCGUCAAGCCGAGCCAUUUAUUCCCGCACAUACAAAACCAUGUUUUCUCGGAUCCGAAUGGAGGACGCCAUGUUAAAGGGUCAAAGCAUCUACGGCGCAGAGGAUCAGUCUUACCCCGGAGAGGAUGGGGAAGAUGACGGCAAGGAGACUGAGUCGAGUGACGAAGAAGCACUCAUUAGAUUGGAGACUGGAAACUAGUGUUUUGUUGGAAAUGUUGAGAAACGCUUUGUAAUCAGAUAACUAAUAGUUUAUUAAGAUAAUUUACGCUUAAGUAUUGGCGUAAACUAUAAUAAAUUAAAAUAUGUUAUUAUUAUUAUUAUUAUUAUUAUUAUUAAGCAACAUAAAAAUUUUCUGUAUGUUUUAUGAUAGUUCAAAAAUUUGUCAGAUGAAAGUAUUGGUAAAUAGAUGAAUGAGAUAAGGUGCCAGGAAGACUGUGGUGCUGCGUUGGUGAAGGAUUUUAUAGGGCAAUUCGGUUUUAUCAACUGAGUCGAUAAUGUAAAUUGGCCGCCGUACAGAGUUUCUAAAGCGGACGUUUCGAGCGUGAGUCUUUCGUCAAAUCGGGCUUAGGGUUAACACUUAAAAAAACUCUUUACGGUGGCCAAUGAACAUCAUCAUCUCAGUUAGUAAAACCAAAUUAUAGUAGUAAAUAGAGUUAUUUCAGA